CCAGCAUGAAGGCGUCGGCAGAGCUGACGCCCCGAGAAGCCGACGCAAAUCCUUUCUCCCGUUUUUAGUGUCAGACACUUCGCGCAGAUUCAAAAGCUCAACAUGCACCCACGCGACGACGAACGCGGCAAGAUGGAGGCGCUACUGCACCAGAUCGUGCUAGAAGAGCAGCAGAAAAUGGUCCAAUUGGGCUUCGUGGAGACGUGCAUCCCGUCACCCGACAGCGCCGCACGUUGCAGCAUCUUUAUGAGUGCGAACUGGCACAUCUGUCGUCGUUUACUGCUCGUAAUUGUGAGUGGCAACGGUAUCCAGCCCGGUAUUUGGAGCCGUUCACUCGUUCUGGAGGCCACAGAGAACCCGAAUCAGUACCGCUCGGGCUCCAUGCUGCCGUAUUUGCACACAGCGUUGUCUAAAGGUUACGGCGUGGUGGUUAUGAACCCCAGUACCAAUACGGUAAGCGUGGGCAGCGAGAAGAUCCCUAUUCCGUACUCCAGUACACCUGAACUGCACGUCCGCUAUGUAUGGGAGACCUACGGCGUUCGAGCGUCGUGCUCUCAAGUCUACAUCGCCGCGUAUGGACGUGGAGGCUCCUUAACCAAACAUUUAGUGUGCACACAGCCACUCUUACGCUCUAAACUGGCAGCUAUCGCCUUCAUCGAGUCCAGUCAUCGCGUUGAGGCUGAUGAUACACAAGAAGUGAGGGGGUUACUGGGCACCAGAGCCAUCAAUUGGCAGCGAUCCAAGGAGAGUCCAGGUACACAGUUACAAGACUGUACGCAGCUUGGCUGUCUGAGUUUGUCAGCUGGAGAACCCACGUCUCCAGCCGAGCAAAAGUCCUCCAAUACAGCGUGGACUAUCGCUGCAAGUAUGGACACUGUCUUCGCCUUUUUCGACAGUGCACGAGGCUCCAUGCCGGACGAACCGGCUGAGGACGAGCUUAUGGACGAGAUGAGCAGACUAUCCCAGUACGCGUACGCUGGAGCAGCAGCCAUGUCGUCCGUGCCACACCAACAAGAACACAUGGAGGACGCUGAGUUCCACGUUGAAGAAGAAGUCGGCAAUCACCUUGGAAGUCGCAGUAAUAGCACACGCAGUUCUCGCCGUAGUAUGGUGAUUUCUACGUCCAUGAGCGUCAACGACUUCGACUUGUUGUCAGUAGUCGGUAAAGGCGCGUACGGCAAGGUCUUCCUGGCUAAAAAGAAGCAUGGGAAGAAUGCAGGACGCGUGUAUGCGAUGAAAGUACUACGCAAACAAGACGUGUUCAAGAAGAAACAAGUGGAACACACCAAGUCAGAGCAGCGGAUUCUCAAGCACGUGGAGCAUCCGUUUGUAGUGCGACUGCGGUAUGCGUUCCAGAACCAUCAGAAGCUGUACUUGGUGAUGGAUUAUUACUCCGGUGGCUCGUUGUUUGUGCACUUGAGGAAGGAGAAGCGAUUUAGUGAACAAAGAGCGUGUUUCUACGCGGCGGAGCUGGUGUUGUCGCUGGCGCAUUUACACAAUAUGCACAUCAUGUAUCGCGACCUGAAGCUGGAGAAUAUCCUCAUGGACAGUGACGGACACGUCGCUAUCACGGAUUUCGGCUUGUCUAAAGAAGACGAUGAAGGCUCAACAUUUGUCGGCACUCCGGAGUAUCUGGCGCCUGAACUGCUGUGUAGUCAGAGGACAGCGACGUCGUAUGGCAACACUAUCGACUGGUGGAGUUACGGUGUGUUGGUGUACGAGAUGAUUCAAGGACACACGCCGUUCUGGGACAAGAAUCGACGUCAAAUGUUCCAGAAUAUCUUGAGUAAAGAGCCCACGUACCCUCCGGAGCACUUCUCGCCUACUGCUACCGAUUUUCUGCAGCGGUUGUUAGUUAAGAACCCGCGACAACGAAUGGGUUGCGGCGCUGACGGCGCGCUGGAGAUUAUGAGGCACCCGUGGUUCGAAGGUGUUGACUGGGACGCGCUGCAUAGUCGUCGUGUGGAGCCUCCGUUCAGACCGGUGACGAAAGAUGUCCACGGCAGUCGAGCGCGUACUAGCAGUGCAGCACUGAAUGCGAACUUGCAGUAUGUUCCGAACAUCUUCAAGCAGCAGGAAGUAGCGGAUUCUCCGGUUGUCAGUGUGCUGGGAUCUUCGACUGGAUCGGGGAUUAUGGCGAUGCACUUUGACGACUUUAGUUACAUGGGCAGCGACAUUAUUGGGUCAAGACGCACGUCGGUCUUCCGGGACAGCGACAUCAAAAUGGAGCUGGGAGAAUAACCUUCCAGAACGGAUAUGUAUUCAAGACCAAGGAGCUUCAACCAUCCGGUAGUUGCAUUGCUCCACUUCAUUCACCUGCUUCUGCAGAGAUCGAGGCUCCCCAGUACGCACCAUCAAGCGGAUAUUGUCAUGUUUAAUUGAGCAUGCCAUACAACGGAGCUGUGUGUGGUUGCAUCAAUAGUUUAAGUAAGACAGAGCGGCAGUAGUGGACAGCUACAGCACACAUUCGACGAGUGUAAAUCAGCAUUUUAACGAAUAAAAAUGGCAAAAUGCGUGACGAUUGUCGAGCGUUUUUUUCUAGCUGUCGACCCUC